AUCAGUGCAAAGGUGUCCUAAUCAGUUGUUUUUGUCUUCUAGUAGUGCUUAUGAACUGCAGUCUGCUGAUAUCUGCAGACACCAAAAUGACGUGUGAAAAUUCUGACUUCCAUCUCCGUUGUGAAACUGGCGUGAUCUUUGUCAAGUCCGUAACGUUUGGUCGCCAAAGCACCCACACUUGCGGACUUGCAGGACUACAUUCUGACUUGGUUACUCUUAGGUGUUUAAAAGAUGUCCCUUUCAUCCUUAAGUUCUGGUGUAAUGGACAUGCAGAGUGUCUAUUAAGCAAGAAAACAGUUGCAGGAUCAGAUGCGUGUUUUUACACCUACAAGUACUACAACACCACCUACACUUGCAUCCUAACAAAAACAUGUGAGAUUUGUAAAGAUGGACACGGUGUCUUGAAAUGUGAACACGGUAAGAUUAAGAUAAUUGCUGCAGACUAUCAACAUAGAGACAAAACGACCUGCUUGGAAGGACCGCCAUUCAAGCGGGAACAAAACACUGACUGCUAUUCAACCCAUGCACUUUCUCUUGUGUCAGAAAGCUGUGAAGGGAGAGAGCACUGCUUUCUAUCAGGGACUGGUGAGAUCUUCAACGAUCCAUGUUAUGGCAUAAACAAGUACCUGCACAUCUCCUACUUCUGCGAGUCAGAUGAGAGCUGAUCUUGUGGAUUCGGACUCUUCAUUUGUAAGCUUCUCCACAUAACUAUACCAAAUAAAUCUUCCCUUACAAAAAUGAACAAUGUCUUAAUUACAAAUAAU